CCUCCUCUCGGGCGGCGACCUCGCAGGCAGCCUGAACGUCUCGCACCGGUGGAAUCUCCUCUCGCCACCCGUCGGCCCUGCUGCUACCCCGAGCUCCCACGCCAGGCAUCCUCGUCUCCAUUCUGGCCGUCGACCGCAUCGGCCGGCGCGGCUGCUUCCGGAUCGGAUUCUUCCUGCAGGGCACGCUGCUCGCUGGUAUGGCUGUGGCGCCACGCCACCCGCCGCUCCUCGCGGCGAUCGGGUUCGUCGCGACGGGCUGCCGCUGCUUCGGGUGGGAGGCGGCUCAGAUGUGGUGCGUCGAGGCCUUCCCCACGCCCAUGCGUGCCACUGCGCUCGCCCUCUCCGUCACCGUGAUGCGUUUGCUCUCCGUCGCCACGCUCACGCUCUCCGCGGCGGCCGGCCGCAACGCCGAGCCCGCGCUGGCGCGGCAUUUUGUCGGCGAAGCUCGUCAGCGGCCACAAGGCGCCGUUCACACGUCUCGGUGUGUACAGGCACUGCUCACCAUUGGCGGGCUGCUGUUCGUGGGUGGCUGCUUCGCCACGCUACUGCUGCCGCGUGAGACGGCAGGCGCACUCAUGGCGGGGGAUGGGUAGAAGCGCCCUGGUCUCGGCGCGUUGGGUGUGUGAUGGGGAGAGGACGACGGUAAAGCGG